UAUUAUAAAUAGGUAUAUUACUAGUUAUUUUCAAUAUACAUAAACAUACAUAGAACCUAAAGUAAGAUUCAAGAAAUAUUUUCCUUCAUCGCCUUUUUUGGGUCUUAGUAGCUGAAGAAUUUCUGGGUUGUUUUAACAAUCUGUUGCUGGAAUUUGCAAAGAAAAAUGCAAGAAGAGGUAUUGAAUAUAAGUAGGGGUUCGAGACGAAUGCAGAUUACUACAGGCGGUUAUAUGGAUGAUCGAGGUUGGACUCAACUUCAUAUUGUUGCUAGGAAAGGUGACCUGAAAGAGGUCAAGAGACUUCUUAAUGAAGGCAUGGAUGCAAAUGUGACUGCAGGGGGGCCUAAAACACUUGGUGUGACUCCACUUCAUCUAGCUGCUAAGGGUGGUCAUGUUCGAGUUAUGGAUGAGUUGCUCGAGAGAGGUGCUGAUAUUGAUGCAAGAACCAAAGGUGUCUGUGGAUGGACUCCACUCCAUCAUGCAGCUAAAGAAAGAAAGAGGAAAGCAAUCAGAUUCUUGAUCAGAAAUGGUGCAUUUUUGCCAGAUGAAAUCCAUGAUAUCAGGUUCAAUCCUCCACUUCACUAUUGUCCUGGUCUCGAAUGGGCUUACGAGGAGAUGAAACUGCUGCAACUCGAGAGUUCAUCCUCUAACACCUCAGGAAACUAAGGGUGCAACAACACUUCUCUAAGCAUGUGUUCCACGAGGAAGAAACGUUUACAAGCAUAGCCAUGUUCUAGACUUCUCCAUUCAUAAUCAACUUCGUCACAUCUAGAAUUGUCAUCAGUAAACUCCACAGUUACAGUCUCAAUG